CUUUGAAGUAAUUAGGAUUUUUCUCGGUCAAAACUGAAACAUAGCUCAGCUUCAUUAAUAUGGCAAAGUACACCGACCCGUUGCAGAUUUGAACACAAAAGACUGUCGUCACGGCUACCAGUAAUUGAAGCAAAAGAAGCUUUGCCAAGCCGUAGCUUUCAAGGAAAAAGCAAUUACUGGCGUCCGAGAUGUCGUCCAAAGGGAUACUCAAGUCUAAGACGGGCUGCAUCACCUGCAGGAUUCGAAAGGUGAAGUGCGACGAGAAAAAGCCAUCAUGCAAGCGCUGUAUUUCAACGGGCCGUACAUGCGAUGGCUAUAGGUCCAACUUCCGCGUCUCAAUGGCCCCUGGCUUCACGGCAGUGACAACAACUGCAGCUCUAGUCCCUGCUCAGAACGCACCUUCCCCUGCUUUUUCAAUGUUGUCAAUCUACCAACCCAGAGAGGUGGAUAUGUCGUAUCCUAGUGUGGCGCAAAUACAGCAUCUCGCAAUGCGCUUUACGAUUAAGCCAGCCGCCCCUAUCAACACGAACUACGGCGCCGGUAUCAGCUACGAACAAGAAGCUCAAGCAGUUUUGUACGCAAACUCAGAACCAGCUAUAUAUCAUGCUUUGGCUUCCGUAACUGCACUGCGUAAAGUCUACGAAACAGUCACCGACCCCAACACCUGCUGCAUCAGUACCAAAUCGCCAGAUGUCGCGAGAGGCCUGUCAGAAUACACCAACGCCCUCCGGACACUCUGUAUAACAAUCUCAACGAAUAUCGCUGGCGCAAGCAGAUACUCGCUCAUCUGCUGCCAAAUGUUCAUCACCAUUGAACUAGCGUUAGACGACUUCACGGCCGCGGCCCAGCAUUUCAUUCGUGGCCUGCGAAUCAUGUAUCAAUCCGUCAGUCGUCCCUAUUAUCUCGACACCACUGGUACGCAAGUCGUUCCCGCACAGGCCACGGACAUGCCGCUCAUCGACCUCUUUGUCCUCAAGCUCUUCAUGACGCCUUGUCCCGGCGGGUUGACGAAUGAUUUCGUCGCCACGUCAGAUGGACGGUUCCCGCCCGACAACACGCACAAAUACAACAUGGGCGUCUCCGCGAUUAAAGAAUCCAGCAGAAACCUUGCUGAGAUGCUGAAAUCGAUUGUCUCCUUCUUACACGACGUUGCAAACAUCUCGAAGACGAACCCAAAUACUCAUUUACUGCACGACAGACUCGCCAUCCUCGCCAACCUCAAACAUUGGAAAGAGAAGUUCGUACCAAUCUCGCAAGCAGAAGAGUUUCAGAGUAGUCCUUGGGUCCGACUCGGUCUCGCGUUUAGCUUGUUCUGCUGCGUGACUAGCCAAGCUAUUGUUACGUUGGCGACUCGACCACCUGGCUCUGAAGUGAAGAAUGUGGAGCCGCUGUUUGAAGAGCUUUUGCAGAUUGCGGGCGGGAUCUGUGGGAUUAAACGCGAGUUGAAUUAUGAGGGGACGUAUCUGGGGACCUUUCAGGUUGGGUUGGUUUGAUGGGGUUUGGAGGAAUGGAUGUAGAUAUUAUUGUUUUUUAAGAAGUUGUGUGGAAUUUGCUAGCUGUUCUCAACCUGUUUUGGAGCUCGACCUAUUUCUUAUUCUUUUGUCUCUCUCUUGGGGUGGGAAAAGGGGGGGAAGGAUCCAAUCUAUCUUCGUGAUGUGAGAUUCUCUACUGCAAGUUGAGCGUACAGCAUGCAUGAGACACUCGUGUCUUACGCAGUCGCAUCAUUGACCGCUAUUCAAUAUCUUCUGUUCAGUGAUAGCUUCCUUGCACCCUAGAGUCCUGACUACAGUCUUACAGGUCUGCUCGCUGCUUUGACUAAUUCUGUCGCAUGGUAGGAGUUAAACUAUCUUCUUGUCAGCGCUAAUUCUAUCGUUUUUGGAAAGUGGCACUUUGAAGACAAAUCCGUGCGGCUAGGUAUGCGACGCCUCCUUGUCCUAUCACGGUUAGAUGUAGUCACAAGGUGGUAAGAAU